GAUGAUCUGAUCUCAAACAAAUAAUCUAUCUUGGCGCCAUCUUUGUGCCGAUUCAAGAAUCCAUCAUAAAAAAAAUUGUUUUGGUCAAAGAUAAAGUCAUCUUGACUUUUUGCAUCUAAUUGGCGGCUAUAAUCAUCAUCAUCAUCAACAGUAUUUGUUAGUUAGUUUUGAAACGAAAAAUUGAAUUCAAAAUUUUUAAAAAUGAGAUGACUUGAAUAUUUGGACAUUAUCAACAAUGAAACCAUCAUCAUCACCAUCAACAUCAACAUCAUCAUCAUCAUCGGUAUCGAAUUCUCAACAACAACAACAACAACAAUUACGACCAUCAUCAUUAGAUAAAAGGAAACGAAAAAAGAUCAAAGGAUAUCGUCAUGGGCGACCAUUUUUCUAUAUAACAAAUGAUGAAAAAACUUUUGGCGAUUUAGAAAUUGGUUGUGAACAAAAACAAAAAUCAGCUGAAGAUGAUUAUAAUUAUGAUUAUGAAAAAGAUGAAAUCGACGAUGAUGAUGAUGAUGAUGAUGUUGAAGAAGAAAAACAAGUUCUAGUUGGUAUUUGUGCUAUGUCAAAAAAAUCACAAUCAAAACCAAUGAAAGAAAUACUUUCACGACUAAAUGAAUUUGAAUAUAUACGUACAAUCGUAUUCGAUGAAUCAAUUAUAUUGGAAUCACCAGUGAAUGAAUGGCCAAUCGUUGAUUGUUUGAUAUCAUUUCAUUCGAAAGGAUUUCCAUUAAAUAAAGCCAUUGAAUAUGCAAAUCUUCGUGAACCAUUCGUUAUUAAUGAUCUUCAUUUGCAAUAUGAUAUACAAGAUCGACGUAAAGUUUACAAGACAAUUGAAGAUUCUGGAAUCGAAUUACCUCGUUAUGUUGUACUUGAUCGUGAUUCACCGAAUCCAGAUGAAGGUGUACUCAUUGAAAGUGAAGAUUCAAUCGAAGUGAAUGGAGUUGUAUUUAAUAAACCAUUUGUGGAAAAACCAAUAUCAGCUGAAGAUCAUAAUAUUUAUAUUUAUUAUCCAUCAUCGGCUGGUGGUGGUAGUCAACGUUUAUUUCGAAAAAUUGGCUCAAGAUCAUCAGUGUAUUCACAGGAAAGUCAAGUACGAAAAACUGGUUCAUAUAUUUACGAAGAAUUUAUGCCUACCGAUGGAACCGAUGUGAAGGUCUAUACAGUUGGACCAGAUUAUGCACAUGCUGAAGCAAGAAAAUCGCCUGCAUUAGAUGGAAAAGUUGAACGUGAUAAAGAUGGUAAAGAGGUUCGAUAUCCAGUAAUGUUGAGCAAUGCAGAGAAAUUGAUUGCAAGAAAAGUUUGUUUAGCCUUUAAACAAACAGUAUGUGGUUUUGAUUUAUUACGUGCUAACGGAAUAUCCUAUGUAUGUGAUGUGAAUGGAUUUUCAUUCGUGAAAAAUUCAAUGAAAUAUUAUGAUGAUGCUUCGAAAUUAUUGGGUAACAUGAUAUUACGAAUAUUAGCACCACAGCUUCAUAUACCGUGGUCAAUACCGUUUCAAUUAGACGAUCCACCGAUUAUGCCUACAACUUUUGGUAAAAUGAUGGAACUUCGUUGUGUUGUCGGUGUCAUACGUCACGGUGAUCGUACACCAAAACAGAAAAUGAAAAUGGAAGUUAAACAUCCAAAAUUUUUUGAAAUAUUCAAAAAUUAUGGUGGUUUCAAGGAUAAUCAACAUCAUGUUAAAUUAAAACAACCAAAACAAUUACAAGAGAUUUUAGAUGUAGCAAGAUAUUUGCUUAGUGAAAUUGAUCAAAAUCAUGAUCCAGAAAUUGAAGAAAAUCGUUCAAAAUUAGAGCAAUUAAAAUCUGUUCUCGAAAUGUAUGGACAUUUUUCUGGCAUCAAUCGUAAAGUUCAACUAAAAUAUCAACCAAAAGGACGACCACGUCGUUCUAGUAGUGAAGAAGAUUUACCUCGAGAACCAUCAUUACUUUGUAUUGUUAAAUGGGGUGGUGAAUUAACUCCAAGAGGUAGAAUUCAAGCCGAAGAAAUGGGCAGAUUAUUUCGUUGUAUGUAUCCCGGUGGUCAAGGUGAAUAUUCAGGAAAUCAAGGCCUAGGAUUUUUACGGCUACAUUCAACAUUCCGACAUGAUUUGAAAAUUUAUGCUUCAGAUGAAGGACGUGUUCAAAUGACUGCUGCUGCUUUUGCUAAAGGUUUGCUUGCAUUGGAAGGUGAAUUGACACCAAUUCUGGUUCAAAUGGUUAAAAGUGCCAACACUAAUGGCUUAUUAGAUAAUGACUGUGAUUCAAGUAAAUUUCAGAAUAUGGUCAAACAGAAAAUCCAUGAACUUAUGCAAUCAGAUCAUGAUUUCACUGAUGAAGAUGAAAAACGAUUGAAUCCAAUGAAAGCACCAUCGAUUGUGAAUGCAAUGAAUUUUGUUAAAAAUCCAGUGAAAUCUUGUGAUCAGAUACAUAAUUAUAUUAAGAAAUUGAACAAUUUAAUCAAAGAACGACGUAAUGAAAGCCAUUUACAAGAUGCACAUCUAUAUUAUGGUGAAACAUGGGACUUGAUGCAAAGACGAUGGUCAAAAUUGGAGAAAGAUUUCAAAUUAAAAUGUGGAAAAUAUGAUAUAACAAAAAUACCGGAUAUUUAUGAUUGUAUUAAAUAUGAUCUGCAACAUAAUCAACAUUUUUUACAAUCAUCCGAUGCACAUGAUUUUUAUACACAUGCAAAAGCAAUGGCAGAUAUUGUCAUACCACAAGAAUAUGGUACAAAUGUUUAUGAAAAGUUGACAAUUGGCCUCGGCACAUGUACACCAUUGUUGAAGAAAAUCAAGGCUGAUUUAUUAAGUAUUAUUACCGAUGCUGAAAGUGUUGAUGCAGAAACCGGUGAAUCAGUGAAUCGUUUAAAUCCACAAUAUUCAUAUGGUGUUUCAUCACCUGGUCGUCAUGUUCGUACAAGACUUUAUUUUACAAGUGAAAGUCAUAUACAUUCAUUGUUGAAUGUAAUACGUUUAGGUGGACUGUUUGAUGAAUCUAAAGAUGAACAAUGGAAACGAGCAAUGGAUUAUAUAUCAGUGAUAUCAGAAUUAAAUUAUCUAACACAGAUUGUCAUCAUGUUAUAUGAAGAUCAGACAAAAAAUCCAAAAUCAGAUGAUCGUUUUCAUGUUGAAUUACAUUUUAGUCCCGGUGUUGUUUGUUGUUUGAAUCAAAAAAAUCUUCCAAAAGGACCUGGAUUUCGUACACAAACUGGUUCACGUAGUACACAGACAAAGAAAGUUGUAUUGAGUUCAUCAUUACCGAGCUCGAUUAAAGAAGAAGAUGAAUUUGGUUAUAAUGAUGAUGAAACUAAUCAUAACGAAAUAAAUUCAACGAUUAAUUCAGUAUUCAUGGAUGGAACAAAUGUCAUACAGCAACAACAACAACGACAAGAAUCAACAAUGAAUUAUAAUCAAUUAUCAUCGAUGGAUAUACACAACAACAACAACAACAACAACCACAAACAAUCGACUACAAAUAAAAUUGCUUUGAACGAUUCCACCACCGCAAUGAUUAUCACCUGUUGUUGUAGUAAUUGUACAACUACAAUUACAACAGCUAUUGCAGCAACAAAUAAUAAACUAAACAUCAGCACCAGCAGCACAACUUCAAACACAAAUCCACAAUUACCAUCCAUAAUUAAUUCUACGCACUGUCGAUAUAAACAUAUCAAUAAGAUUAUUAAUUUUGCUUCAAACAAUCAAGCUAUUGAUUCUCCUGUUAUUAUUGAAGAACCGGAAAGUCCAGGUGAGAAAACAAGCAUGGCCAUUGUUGAACAGACAUCAAUGAAAUCUCAACCGAUUCCGAUUACUGUUUCGACUUGUUCGAUUGAUCGUAAAAUUUCAAAUAGUAAUGAAGAAACAACCGGUCUAAUCACACGUAGUUAUUCAAUAUCGGAUACUCGUGCACAUAGCCUGGAAAAUGAAAAAUCAUCUGAUACUAAAGGAAUCAAAAAAAUGCCCACAUUGGAAAAGGAAAAUUCAAUUGCAUUAAGCUGGAAUGAUGUUUCCGUAGCUGGUGGUGGUGGCCGUGAGCCAAGACAUUCAGCAACAAGUUUUCGUAAAGGAUAUCGAAAUUCUAUACCAACACAAUUGAUGCGUUUAUAUAUUCCGGAGAAUCAACAAUUCGGUUCUACAUCAACGUUAUUCUCCACAGCUGUAAUAAGUGGUUCAUCAUCGACACCGAAUUUACAAGAUAAUGUUGUUAUCGAUGCACCAGGUCAACCUACAAUCCGGCCAUUAGAAACAUUACAUAAUGCAUUAUCAUUAAGAUAUUUAAGUGAAUUUUUAGAUAAAAUGAUCACAUCACCUUGGUAUCGUUUUCCAUGUUCCCCGUCAAAAUCACCAAUGCCCGUAUUGAUGCCUAUGCCAUCAAUGGAACAAUCAGAUUUAUUAUCGGUGGUUCCAUUAUCCGAUAAAUUUGAAUCUAAUCUUCAAGUUGUCCAUAAUAAUCAACGACAACAACAACAACGCAAACAGCCACAAUCUGAACAUGAUGAUAUUUCAGAAUGUUUUCAUUCAAGUGAUCAUUCAUAAAAAUUGUUCAUUUUAUUUUUUUUUUUCUUGUUCAAAUCCACUAUACAUUAUAUAUCCAGAUCUCUUUCAAAAAUUUAUUUAUUUGUUAUCAAUAUUU